AAAAACAUCAGCGACGGGAUCUAUAGACUAACUCCGGCUUAUAUUGGGAAACUCCUUCCUCCGCGAGAGACCUCGACGUAUCUCACAGAUCCGUGAUCUCGAGGAAUCAAUGGCUCCGGUGUCGGCGCUCGCCAAGUAUAAGCUAGUGUUUCUGGGAGAUCAAUCCGUGGGGAAGACGAGUAUCAUCACUCGAUUCAUGUACGACAAAUUCGACAACACUUAUCAGGCUACCAUUGGUAUUGAUUUUCUAUCCAAGACUAUGUACCUUGAAGAUCGAACUGUCAGACUGCAGUUGUGGGAUACAGCUGGGCAAGAGAGGUUUAGGAGUCUUAUUCCCAGCUAUAUCAGGGAUUCUUCUGUUGCUGUUAUUGUCUAUGAUGUUGCAAGCAGGCAAUCAUUUCUAAACACUGCUAAGUGGAUCGAUGAGGUUAGGACAGAGCGUGGUAGUGAUGUCAUAGUUGUGCUCGUGGGAAAUAAAACCGACCUUGUGGACAAAAGGCAAGUGUCAAUAGAGGAAGCAGAAGCCAAGGCUCGUGAGCUCAAUGUAAUGUUCAUCGAAACCAGUGCUAAAGCCGGCUUCAACAUAAAGGCUCUUUUCCGCAAGAUAGCAGCAGCUUUGCCCGGAAUGGAAACACUGUCUUCGACAAAGCAGGAGGAUAUGGUUGAUGUUAAUCUCAAGUCUUCCAAUGCCAAUGCAUCGUCAGCUCAGCAGCAAGCAGGAGGAUGCUCUUGUUAAAAAAAAUUGGCAACAACCACAACAACAUUGAUAGAGAGCAAAAGAACAUACUCAAAAAAGUCCCCAAGCCCUCGCAUGAUCUGAUCCGUUACCAUCUUCUAUAUGUAAAAUUUUUGCCUGCUUUAUUUUCAGUCAGAUCUUUUGAAAAGAGUCUCUUGCUCUAGUUUAUGGUUUGUCCCUACCUCUAAACUUUUGUGGUCUUUGGAGUUUCAUAGGCUCUGUUUAACUACUUUUGUUAAUUACUGUGAUUUGUGUGUCUUGAAAUUGGAUUAUACAACUGUGAGCUAAAUAAAUUAAACAAUCUUCUCGUU